AUGGAGACAGCCUCUGAGUACAAAGACGACUAUGCCGCUCAGAAGGCAAAGGGUGCUAAAGACACAACAGUAGGGAAAGCGAGCGAGUACAUUAACUAUGCAGCCGAGAAAGCAGAGGAGGCAAAGGAAACAACUGUGAACAAAGCUGGCGAGGACACAAACUAUGCCACCGAGAAGGCAAGGGAGGCCAAGGACACAACAUUGAACAAGGUGAAAGAGGCGAAGGACACAACAAUGAACAAAGCGGGCGAGUAUACCAACUAUGCCAACAAGAAGGCCAAGGAGACCAAGGAUACAACGGUGAACAAAGCUGGUGAAUAUACCAACUAUGCUGCUGAGAAGGCCAGGGAGGCUAAGGAUACUACAAUCAACAAAGCUAGUGAAUAUAGCAACUAUGCGGUUGAGAAGGCGAAAGAGGCCAAGGACACUACAAUCAACAAAGCUAGUGAAUAUAGCAACUAUACAACUGAGAAAGCCAAAGAGGCUAAGGAUGCAACGGUGGAGACUAUUAAUGUUUGGUUUCUGUGUUAG